AAUAGACUUAUAGUUAUGUCGAAGAAUUACAUAAAUGCGCUUUUGAAGCCUUUUCGUGAGAGUAAAGUUGUAGAGAGCUUGUUUAAAUUAUUCGAUUCGGGGGUGGAAAAGUCGCCCAGUGCGGUCGGGAGUGUCGUUAAUAAGGUUCCGGCGAGCAGAGCUGGUGCUGCGCAGUACAGCACGGGAGUGCGUAAGGUGACUUUGAUCCCUGGUCAUGGAAUCGGUCCGGAAAUUACUGUGGCGGUGCAGAAAAUAUUCGAAGCAGCCAAAGUACCCAUUGAAUGGGACGAAGUCGAUGUGACAGCUGUUAGGGGUCCAGAUGGCAAAUUCGGCAUUCCUCAAAGGGCCAUUGACUCUGUGAAUGAAAAUAAAAUUGGGCUGAAAGGCCCAUUGAUGACUCCAGUUGGUAAAGGCUACCGCUCCCUAAAUCUGGCUCUCCGUAAAGAGUUUGACCUGUAUGCUAAUGUCAGGCCGUGCAAAAGUUUGGAUGGCAUCAAGACCCUCUACGACAACGUGGACGUGGUGACGAUCCGCGAGAACACGGAGGGCGAGUACUCCGGCAUCGAGCACGAGAUCGUGGACGGCGUGGUGCAGUCGAUCAAGCUGAUCACGGAGGAGGCGAGCAAGCGCGUCGCCGAGUUCGCGUUCCAGUUCGCGAGGGACAACAAGAGGAAGAAGGUGACGGCGGUGCACAAGGCGAAUAUCAUGCGUAUGUCGGACGGUUUGUUCCUGCGCUGCUGCCGCGAUCUGGCCACCAAGUACCCCGACAUCAAGUUCGAAGAGCGCUACCUCGACACGGUCUGCCUCAACAUGGUGCAGGACCCGUCCAAGUUCGAUGUGCUCGUGAUGCCCAACCUGUACGGUGACAUUAUGUCCGACAUGUGCUCGGGGCUGGUGGGCGGGCUCGGGCUCACGCCGUCGGGCAACAUCGGCAAGAAUGGCGCGCUCUUUGAGUCGGUUCACGGCACCGCGCCAAGCAUCGCCGGGCAAGACAAGGCUAAUCCCACGGCUUUGCUCCUCUCCGGCGUGAUGAUGUUGCGCCAUAUGCGUCUCAGCGAACACGCGGACAGAAUUGAGACGUCGUGCUUCAACGUUUUGCGCGAGGGAAAAGUUUUGACGGAAGAUUUGGGCGGGAACAGCUCGUGCACAGACUAUACGAAUGAGAUCAUAAAGAAUUUGGCUUAGUUUUUUUUUUAGGCAAGGGAAAUUUGCCGCCAGGUCGAUGCUGCGCCGGUUGGAGCGUGUUUGUAAUGUGUGGGAUAAUUCAAUUAUUAUAUUUGAUAUUUAGCUAUGGAUAUGAAAUGGAAAUGGUUAAUUUUAUUACAAUGACUAAACGUUGAAAACUAAAACUCGACGCAAUAAUUUUAUUGUUAUAACGUAUAAUUUAAUGACGAUUUAUUAAAUGCUUUUCACAUUUAAAUUUUUCAGUGUGAAAAGUCGAAAUCGAGGAUUCAUUAAAAUUAUGCCUAAUUCCAAAAUACGACACGUUACAAACGCGUAUCUGUUUCACAGUAUUGACAAUAGUAUUAGGUUAAAAUUUUCCCUUUACCCCACUAUGUGACGCAGCAUCGUCGUCUAGAAGAAUUAUUAUAGUUGAAUUUAAUUUAACGUGCCGAUUGCGUUUAAGCCAAAAAGUAUAAAAGACACAAGAUCUGCGUGGUGUUGAAGGAAUUCGCUUAGUGAAAAAACUUAUUCUUAUAUAAUUAUUGUUUUAGAUCCUCAUUUUAAGAUCAUUAUACUCGUAGAACGAUCAGUUUUGUCUAUGGAUCGCUGGGUUUUGACGUUUGGUAUUUGAAGUCAAAGUGUGAAGCUUACGAGUGGUUUUACAAUAUGGGUAUUGGAUGUGAAUUAUAUUUUCUUAGCGAAUUCCUUCAUUUUCACAUUUGCAAUGGAUUCUACAAUUUGGAACAAAUAACUGCCAUGCUCUUUAUCGCGUACUCUCGUAUGUUUAAUUUUUUAAUUUUUAAAACGGCAACUUUUUAAUAAAAUUGGUCCUGAGAUAUAUAGAACAUACUGCACUUGUAUUUAAAAUACCACCGACAUAAGUAUGUCAAUGUAGAAGUUGCCAGCUCCUUGUCAGCUAAUUAGUGUUACCAUUAUUAUUUAUGAAUAGUGAGAAAUGGCUGUUUUAUGUAUUGUGUUGUUUCCUAAUUUUCUUAGUGUUUUUUUUUCUAAUUUAUUCAUUGUGAAUUAUGUAUUUUACUUUUAAAGCUAUUCUCAGUAAAGUAGGUACAAUUAGUGAAUAGGUACUCAUUUAAUGUCAGUAUUUAUAAAAAUACAUUCCUUUGCAUUUUAAUUUUUUAAUGAUAUUUAUGUGAUUUUUAUGUAUUUUUUCUCUGUAUGAUUGAUCGUGUUUAAGUACAAUUUCAGAUGAAAUCUGACAAUAAAGCUAAUCAAAUUUGUAAUGUUCGAUUACAGAACGUUUGUGUGGUCUCACAUUAAUUUAUGUAGUUAAUAAAGUUGAUUGAAAUUA